CAGGAGGUCUCCUCGCGAAGGACCCUCCCGCCGGCGCCGCGGUGAAGAAGGCGCAUCGUUGUCUGGAUCCCUUGUCGAAUCGGACAGCAGCAGCACGACAUCCAGCGCGCCGCCGUCCGGAUCCUUGGACGAGCCGCCGGUCGCCCGGCCGGCCCGCCAGUCCAGGUACCAUGAGAUCCUCGCCUCGCGCCUCGCCCGGCUGCAGUUACAAGCGGACGUCGCCGUCGCCGCCGCCGACAGCCCAAAUCUUCCUCCGGAUGAAAUUGUCCAAGUCCUCACUCAUUCUAGCUAAUUUCUAUGACGAUGAGCUGCCGGCUGCCCUAGUAGAAUAUCAAGCCCACAGGUUCUUGAGCGAACCCCACGGACCAGAUGUUGGAGAUGGACAUUUCGGAGAGGGCUCGGGCGAUGAUAUCACUAGGGAGGAAUUCGUCGAGUACUGCAGGAAGCUAAAGGCUCGCAGACCAGCUGAAAUUGACGCCAAGACUGGACUGAAUCAAGAGCAGUUGGACAGCCUCCUUGCCAAGUAUAAACGUUAUCGCUUCAAAGCUUACCUGUUGUUGUUAGGAAAGCCUGUCGAAGAGCUAGAAGAAGCUGCAUUGGAAUCCAAGUACCCUAUGGAGCUUGCCAUGGAGAAUGAGUUCUUCUAUCCUUGCCUUCAUGAUAGCACCUUUGGCUGGUAUUUCGACUCCGACCUCUGUUUACUUGCAAACUUGAGCGACUACCAGCGGCUAGUCCUCCCUAACUGUCUUGACUUUGUGUGA